GAGGCAAACAUGUUCCAUUUCAAUUACAUGUCCCAGUUUGUUGAAAAUUUGUUUCCUUAAAUAUUAUUAUUCAUCUCAUUUCCCAGGUUCAACUGCAUGCAUGGAGACACCUAAAUUCAGCACAGGCUUUGUUUUUUGUUUAUUCUUGUUUUGUGUUCAUGCAGCAUUGGUCUUUGCUUCAACCUCAAAUUGGCAACAUUCACAAGAUUGGUUGAACCAUGGUGGAGAUUUGUUCAACAGAAGAUAUGGCUAUAAAGAGUUUAAGAUCAGUCCCAAAACAGCACCAAACCUAAGUUUGAAGUGGAAAUUCUAUGCAGGAAAAGAUAUAACUGCAACACCAGCAAUAUAUGAAGAUACCCUUUAUUUUCCAAGUUGGAAUGGUAACAUAUAUGCAGUGAAUGAAACAAAUGGAUCCCUUAUUUGGAAGCAGAACUUGCAUGAAUUAACAGGUCUAAAUGCAACUGGAUUAGUGCUCAAUGUGAAUUGGACAGUGUCAAGAUCAACUCCUACAAUAGUUGGUGAUCAUGAUUUAUUGAUGGUUGGAAUUUAUGGCCCUGCUGCAGUUAUUGGUCUAAACAGAACAAAUGGUAAGAUUUUGUGGUUAACCUAUUUGGAUCAUCAUCCUGCAGCACUUAUCACCAUGUCUGGAACAUACUACAAAGGAGGUUACUAUGUUGGAACAUCAUCACUAGAAGAAGGUGAAACCAUUGAAGGAUGCUGCAUAUUUCGAGGCAGCAUGGCGAAACUUGAUGCCUUAUCCGGCGCCAUCAUAUGGCAAACCUACAUGUUACCGGAUAACAAUGGCACGGUAGGAGGGUAUGCAGGAGCAGCCAUAUGGGGUAGCAGCCCCUCCAUUGAUGCUCAAAGAAACCAUGUCUACAUUGCCACUGGGAACCUCUACUCUGCGCCGCGACGAAUACUUGAGUGUCAAGAAAGGCAGAGCAACAGAACAGUGCCUACUGAACCUGAUGAGUGUGUUGAGCCUGAAAACCACUCCAAUUCAAUCUUGGCCCUUGAUUUGGACACUGGAAAGAUCCAAUGGUACCGGCAACUAGGAGGGUAUGAUGUAUGGUUUUAUCAAUGCAACAAUGCUUCAAUUCCUGGUUGUCCUCCUUCUGGUCCUACCCCUGAUGCUGAUUUUGGUGAGGCACCAAUGAUGUUGAGUGUAUAUGUUAAUGGAACCAAGAAAGAUGUUGUUGCUGCUGUUCAGAAAAGUGGCUAUGCAUGGGCUUUGGAUCGCAGCAAUGGCAACAUUACUUGGUUUACGGAAGCUGGACCAGGGGGACUAGCAGGAGGAGGAACAUGGGGUGCGGCGACGGACGAAAGGAGAGUUUACACAAACAUUGCAAAUUCCGGGGCCAAAAACUUCACUCUUGCACCAUCAAACAGAACCACAACUAGUGGUGGUUGGGUGGCAAUGGAUGCAAGUAAUGGGAAAAUUGUAUGGUCCACUGCUAAUCCUAGUAACAGCACUUCUAAUGGACCUGUUAGUGUUGCAAAUGAUGUUGUCUUUGCUGGAUCAAUAGACCUAUUGGGGUCAAUAUAUGCAAUGAAUGCAAAAAAUGGGAAGAUUUUGUGGUCCUACAAAACUGGAGCAAGUGUGUAUGGAGGCAUGUCAAUUAGCAACGGUUGCAUAUAUGUUGGCAGUGGUUAUAAUGUUAGUUUGGGGUUUCCUAACUUGUCGGGUGGAACCUCGUUAUCUGCAUUUUGUGUCUAAGAACUUUACAUCAUAUAUUGUUAAGUACUCCACUCACUGUGAGUAAUGUAAACUUUUUUCAAUAAAAUUAUCAAGAAAAGUAAAUUAUACCAUAGAAUGUGAAGCUAUAU